AUGAAAAAUUCACUUACUCCUACUUCUGAAACUAAAUUCAAUUGUUCUCAAAAAAUACAUCUCCUUAAAUAAAAAAGAAACAAAGAUAUGUUAAAUCAAGCUAUUUAAGAAUUAAAAAAUCCAUUUGAUCCAUUAUAAGUUUCGAAAGCUUUAAAAUUUCUAGAAAAUUAAGUUUAAAGAAAGGCUUUAUUAGAUUAAAUCAUUUAUAUUAGAGAAUAGAAACGUAAAAAAGAAGAAUUUGAUAAAAUGUCUUCUAUGAGAGGAAUACUUAAUAAAGUAUCCAAAAGAUUUUCAAUUGUCAAAAAUUAAGAAGUUAAAUAUGCUAGAGAUCAUAAUGAUUUUAAAAUUAUGUAAGAAGAAAGGAAUAAAUUUGAUAAACUCCAAUAUGAAAAUUUAAAUAUUUAGGUAAAUGAAAAAAGACCAUAAUUAAGAAGAAUGUCUAGUCUUAGUUUCUUAACAAAAGAAAGUGAUUAAUUAAAAUUCUAAUAUGAAUAAAACAAUGAUUAAAAAGCAUUGCUUGUUCGUAGAUAAACUUAAAGAAAUGCUACCUUAGUGGUUAAUGCAAUUCUUAAGAAGGAAAUGUAUCUUUAUUAUUAUUAUUAUCAAUUUAAGUCCUGUUAGUCCAGGAAGAUCAGAAAAAAUGAUAAAAAUUAAAUAAACUUAAAAGUUAUUAUCAUAAGAAUCAAUCCCAGAAUGA